AUGAUCGCCAUUGUUGCCUUCUCCCCUGCUGGUAGGCCAUUCUCCUUUGGUAUUCCCUCUUUCAAGACCAUGAUCAAUCGCUUCCUCACUUUGAGCGGACAUGGUACGAGUGAUGAGAGUUGUGAUAGUAGUAGUGGGGAGACAAACACUACAAAGGAGAGUUUAGAGUAUUCUGAGUUAGAACAAUUGAUUGAGAGUGAGAAGAAGAGAACAGAGAGGUUAAAGGAGAUGAUUGAGGGCGAUGUGGAUGGGCGUGUGAUGUAUUGGUUGACUGCAAAAGCCUAUCCGUUAGGGCUUGAUGAGCUGCAGGAAUUCCACAAGAAAAUUGCAGCAAUACAAGAUGUUGUCAAGGAAAAGAUCAAGCAGGUGCUGCAAGACGAAAGGCACCCAACAAGGCAAUAUCCACCAGCGUUCAUGGAUUUGGCAUCAAAGUACAUGGUUGAUAGGCAGACUAGCACACCCAUUUCUUCCAGGGCUCCUAAUUCCAACCAGGGACUUGCUAAUGGCCUGAUGUCAAUUACUCCUUUGCUAGCGGUAUCCAUGGCGCCAUUGGUAGCUCGAUGA